GGCAAUAAACUCUAGGGGCGCGGGAACCGCCACCAGGCGGUGGGACGGCUGCAGUCUCCUGGUUCUGGGCUGUGAGCUUUCCGGAGGCGCCAUGAGCUGCAUCAACCUGCCAACUGUGCUGCCCGGCUCCCCCAGCAAGACCCGGGGGCAGAUCCAGGUGAUUCUCGGACCCAUGUUCUCAGGAAAAAGUACCGAGCUGAUGAGAAGGGUCCGCCGCUUCCAGAUUGCCCAGUACAAGUGCUUGGUGAUCAAAUAUGCCAAAGACACACGGUACAGCAGCAACUUCUCCACGCACGACCGGUCAGUCCCUGUGCUCCCUUCUGUCCUGCCCUGACACCUUUUCUCAGAAGCCCAGUGAAAAUUCACAGGGCGCAAAAUACACUGUCAGAGCUCAUUAAUGGAGAUGGUUAAUAAUGCUGAAGCGUGGCACUGAAAUUCAAGUCAGCAAACUUUCCAGGUUGCUCAGCAAGGUAGCCCAGGACUCUGCCUUUCACUGGACUCCAAUACAGUGAUUCUUAACCAGGGGCGAUUCGGCCCCAGGGUCCAGCUGACAAUGUCUGGAGCUGUUCUUAGUUUGCACAACUAGAGAUGGAGGGGCAUGCUACUGGCAUCUAGUGGGUGGAGACCAGGGAUGCCAGGCAAAAUCUUACAAUGAUGGGACAGCCCCCUGUGACAGAAUGUUCUGGCCCCAAAGGUCAGUAGCACUGAGCAAGGUUGAGAAAAACUCUGCUCUGGAGUUUACACUGGUGCGGAGGUUACAAACCAGCUUCGUGUGGCCUGCAUAUAGUUUUUACUCAGUUUCUCAGUUGGCUUGUCCUCGCUGACUCCCUGCCAUCUAUGGCCUUCACGUAGUUUAUCUGGUUGUGCCCUGUGGACAUCUCAGUUGGCAACCUGAGGUGGGGGUGUAAAACCCCUGCCAGUUCCUUAGCAGCAGAUUUGGGCCUGGUGGGUUUGAGCCUGAGACACUCUUCUCAGUCCUCCGGACUUGCCCACCUGAGCCCCAGCAGCAAAGCCACGCUGCACCAUCCACAGGGCUUGUGGCCUCA